UCUGGCUGCACCACCACAUCAAUCAACUCUCUAACUUUCUUCUCUCGAAAGGCACACGAACGGCUACCACAGAAAGGAAUCAGGAUGCCGCCAAAGGGGAGCAAGAUGAAGCCCUCGAUGGCGCCCAACUCGGCAGCUGAUCCCAGUCGAGAGCUCCCCCUGGCCUACACGACAUUCACCGUGCCCCCGCCCCUCAACGCCAAGAACAUUGCCUCUACCUAUCUAAGAACGGACUCGCAGACAUGGGUUGCGCGGCUACAGGCACAGCAACAAGCACAGGGACCACUGAACCGGGGCAAAAAGCGGCGGAAAGCACCGAUGGGACCCGCUGCCUCGACGGCCGAAGGCACGCCUGUGGAUGCUCAAGGCAGCGAAGACGAGGACGAAGAGGCGACUGGGCCGCCGUCUUCGACCACCAUCGUCAUCCACCCUUGCUCCACCCACCUUCGCAUUGGUCUCUCUUCGGACAUCUAUCCACUAACAAUGCCCCAGAUGGUGGCGCGAAGGCCCAAGGAAGGCGUGCAUGGUUCUGAGAUUGCACAGGAAAGUGAGGAAGACGAAGAUGCGAUCAUGAAGGAUGCCUCCUCGGCUUCUCCAUCCGGCCCAUCUCGGACUGGAAGUCCCUUCUCAGAUCUCUCUACAAAGAUUGAAGUGCUCCGCUCCGAUCUCAAGAACAUCAUGCGGAACCUCAAGCUGAGGCCAGUGACGAAUGCAAAGCAGCAGGCAUCCAAUUACAACGCUUCGGUCAAGCCCGAGGUGGUUCCUGAGCACAACGAUGUAUUUGCCGUCGAGUGGAUCAACUCCAAGGCAAAGGACAUGGGCGACGUUGUGGUGGGAGAGAAAGCAAGGAGGAUGGAUUGCUUCUCGCAGGAAAUGCCGUCCUCUUCAUCGACAGGUGACCAAGAUGAACGACGAUGGAAGCUGUUCCAGCCAAUGAGGAGCGGCCGGCUCGACACGGACUCUUACAUUGAAGCGUACGGACCCUCUGCCGCCAAACAGGCCCUCCUCAACGACCUUAAGACCAUCUGGACCCAUGCGAUUGCAACGCCAAGAGAAGACCCUGAUGCCAGGCACGAGCCAGGCAAGAUCGUCGAGCACGGCCUGGGCAUACCUUCGAGGGACUGGUCCCUGUACAACGUCAUCCUCGUCAUUCCAGACCUCUAUUCUAUGUCCGAUGUCGAAGAUCUGACGAGGCUGCUAUUGGACGAGAUGGGCUUUGCGGCGAUCCUGCUCCAGCAAGAGGGCGUCUGCGCAACCUUUGGUGCCGGCAUCAGCUCUGGAUGCGUCAUCCAUAUCGGUAGCGACCGGACAAGCGUGACGUGCGUCGAUGAGGGGCUUGUCGUUAGUGAGAGCCGUCUGUCGCUCCACUACAGCGGCGCCGACAUCUCAAAAUUCUUUGUCGAGCUGCUGCAGAGGGCCAAUUUGCCCUACAAGGGCCUCCAGAUGGAGAAGCUGCUGGCCGAUGCCUGGCUGGCCGACGAGCUCAAGGAGCGUCUCUGCACCUUGGACCCCAUGCAGCUUGGCCUUGUCAUCAACGACGUCCAUGUGCGGCUGCCUAGCCAACCGACAAGGAAGUACGCACUGCGGACCUAUGACGAGAUCAUCCUCGCUCCGAUGUGCCUCUUCAGCCCUCGAGUCAUUGACUUUGACAAGAAGCGUCCCAAAGCAGGGCAAAGGACGGUGAACUACCAAGCGCCUGCUGCGUCGGAUCCCGUCGCUGACGAGGACGAUGGCACCGAGGAGCGUGGAGUGCCCGUGACGACGGCCAUGAACCUCUGCAUCCGUCACCUAUUGCCCGCAGUUCCCACUCCAGCUCCCGUCGCCAUGACGCCAGACGCUUCUAAGGGCGCCGCUACUUCGUCUAAGCAAGGCACGCCUGCUGCGUCCCCCAUGCCCAAUUCGGGCGAGUCCAAUGGGCAAGCGACAGCCACACUCAAGGCAGACGAGGCCGCGACCGCUCAGCCCAGUCGAGCUGGCAGUCCAUCCGCGAAUGAUGGGCCAUCGACGCCCGCCGUUCUGGCUGGUGAUGGUGACGUAGGCUCUGAGCGACAGUCGCCAAACCCCGCUUCGAAGGACACGCCGACUAAGGCUGCACAGCAGCAGCAACACCUUCCUGCUUCCUUUUCGAUCGAUGCGGCUUGGGAGGCAGGCAAGGUGCCCUUGGACUUUGCAGUGUGGCACAGCAUCCUUGGUAGCAUCUCCAAUAUGACGAGCACCGGCACAGCAGAGGAGCGGGUCAAGCGUCUUACGGCCAACAUCAUCUGCACAGGAGGCACUGGUCUUUUGCCGGGCCUUGGCAUGGCUCUGGAGGCGAGGAUGGGUGCAUAUGUCACCCAGUGGUACACGCUGCAGCUGGGCAAGGACGCCGCCAAUGCGCCCAACGCAACGGUCAUUCCGCCCCCCAGAGACAUGGAUCCACGCGUGCUCGCCUGGAAGGGCAUGUCUGUCCUCGCGCGUCUCGAGAGCGCCCAGGAGAUGUGGGUUCCUCGUCACGAGUGGUCCGUCUUUGGAACACGAGCCAUCAGAGAGAAGAGUCUGUUCUUGUAACAUCAUUUGUAUUCGUAUCAUGCCAUCGGCAAGACAAAAGAGAAGGGAGAAAUAAAUCAUCAGCCUGCCACAGGGCGUACGUAUUGCAGGGCGAAGGCUUGACUGCGCCGCUCGCGCCUUUGCGUGCCAAGCCUGUCAGCACUUUCUUCCCACUUCAUGAUCUAAUUCUCGACUGAA